GACCAUUUGCACCAGCGUUUCCGCACAACUUCCAACAUGUCGGACGGUGAGCCGUCGUACAUUGACUAUGAAGUAUUCCUGGCCCCGGCCUUUUCAGCAGCCUCUUUCGCAAAUACUUUGGUGCUUGCGACAAAUAACCCCUCGGAUACGCCGCUAGACCUGUCCACACCCCUCUCUCGUGUCCUUUUCGAUGUGCAGGAGAUUGACACCCAUAUUGACUCGCUUACCACCAAGGCUGCACUUCCGUUGUUAGAGCAUACAAGAGACCAUGCCGAGUCUAGUGGAAGAAUACGGCAAGAGGUCGAGGCACAAGUGGCCAGUCUGACCGAGUCGUACAGAACCCUCCAAAAAGAAGUCAUAGACCGCUAUGAAGUCGCUGAGCAAGUUCGUCUCACUGCCGAGAGGCUCUGCCAGACGGUAAAGCUUGGAAGAGCGGUUGCAAGGUGCCUCAUGCUUGGAAGACAGCUUGAGGUUCGCAUGUCCGAAUUGGGUGGUAUUGGCAGUGCAAAAAAGGAGGAUCAUAGGGCUAUGGUGCGGUCUGCGGAUACGCUGCUAUCUCUUCGCCAGAUAUUUGCAGCUUCGGGGGGCGGCGAGGAGGGCGAGGGCCUGGACAGAGUCAGUGUAAUCAACACAUUGAAAAAUGAAUUGGCCAAUCCUGGAGAGCGGAGCAUUUCCUCGAGAGCACAGCAAGUGGUCAAGGAGUUUUCAAUGUCUUCGCUGCUUACUUCUUCGGGCCAAUCUUCGUCGUCUACCUACACGCAGACUGAGGACACGAAGUCGAGAACUACGUCUGCCUUGUUAACGCUUUACCUGCUUUCUCCCACACCACCAAAUACUGCCAUUGAGGAUUUCCAGCCAACACUAUUGCUCAAUGCACUUCAGGACUAUCUACAAACCGCACUGAAAUCCUCACUUGCAUCACUUUCCCGGUCAUUAUCAACACUACCUACUCUGGAUCGAACUCUGUUAGAAGUAUCGGCUCGCUGUCAAAAUAUUGUAGCCCUGGAAGCUCUGCUAGAAUCCACAAAGUCUCCUGCUCACCCUCUCCUGGAAGCACCACCUGUGAUGGAGGGUCAACACCUAGAGCGGAAAGCGCCUGUGAACUUCUUACGACCGAUUCUGCAGGCUCUCGAUACUUCCUCCCUACCAUCCUACUUCUGGAGGUCUCUAGCUUCAAGUCUCUCGCCACGGGUGCAAGAGAUCAUGCACAGGGGCGGGGUCUCAGCGAGGACAUUACGAUCGAACAAGGAAAAGGUCAAGGAUGCUGUCCGCGAAUGUGUGAAUCGUGGAUCGCAGUUGCCCACGGGUCCGAUGAAUAGGGGAAAAACAGUCAUGGCAGGAAAUUGGGAACGUGAGGCCGCGGUAAUGGUUGGAUCGAUCAUGGGAGCAUUGGGUAGAUGAAGUUAGGCGCGAAUUGCCGAACUAUGCCAUUGAGUGGUGAAUAGAAGCAAGCGACAC